UCCCUCCCUCUCUCUCUCUCUCUCUGUCCCCAUCGCGCAAACAGCCUCUUUCUCGAUGUUAUCGUCCUGUCUGCUGCUACUAAAAUACAUGCUACACAACAUCACUUAAGUGUAUUUCUUACCAGACAACACCUGUCGUCAUCAGAUUUUCAUUGAACAAUUUUCUAUUGAAACAUCUCUGUGAGCAGAUCUAAAUUUGUCUAAAGACAUACCCGCUCCAAAGCUACACAUCACAUAUUCUAUCACUGUCAUUCACCAUAGCAACAGGAAAUUUCACAACCUUUCGAUUUACCCGUGAUACGGAUUGCGAAAAAUGGAUUCUCAAGAGUUUCAGGUUGCCAGUCAACAGAUGAUCAAAUUCGUGGCUGAUUAUUUAGAAAACAGUCGAGAACGUCGUGUACUUCCGGAUGUAAAGCCAGGCUUCAUGCGUCCACUUCUACCCGACCACGCUCCUCAAGACCCAGAAAAAUGGGAAGAUUUAUUUAAAGACAUUGAAAGAGUUAUUAUGCCAGGGGUUACUCACUGGCAACAUCCUAAAUUCUUCGCCUAUUUUCCAACUGGCUGUUCCUACUCUUCGAUUGUUGCUGAUAUUCUUUCUGAUGCCAUCGCAUGUAUUGGAUUCAGCUGGGCUUCGUGCCCUUCCUGUACGGAGUUGGAAGUUAUCGUUUUAGAUUGGCUGGCAAAAGCAUUGAAACUUCCGGACUGUUUUCUCUCCACUUCCGAUGGACCAGGUGGCGCUGUUAUUCAGGGAACAGCCAGCGAAGCAACACUUGUGGCAGUUCUUUCUGCCAGAACGAAGUUUUUACAUAAAUUGAAAGAGGAGAAUCCUGGAAUGGAGGAUGGAAUAGCACUUACCAAAUUAGUGGCUUACAAUUCCACACAAUCCCAUUCUUCAGUUGAGAGAGCCUUUCUGAUUGCUUUAGUAAAACACCGCAGUUUAAAAGCUGACGACAAACGCGCUCUGAGAGGAGAGACGUUAAGAAAAGCAAUCAAGGAAGACAAGGCUAAGGGCCUCAUCCCAUUUUUCGUGUGCGGUACCUUAGGAACAACUUCAACAUUGAGCUUUGAUAAUAUUGAAGAACUGGGUCUCGUUUGUAAGUUUAAUCAAAAAGGUUUUACUGAUUGUAACUACGCAACUGGUACUUAAUUUAUAAACCCCGAAAGAAUGAAAGGCAAAGUCGACCUCGAAUCCUUCAACUUUAAUCCCCACAAAUGGCUUCAAGUGAACUUUGACUGUUCGGCAAUGUGGAUAAAAGAUAGUCGAAACAUCAGUCAGGCCUUUUCUGUUGAUCCUGUUUAUCUGAAACACGAGAACGAAGGAAUCAUGCCAGACUACAGACAUUGGCAUGUACCAUUAGGAAGGCGCUUUAGAGCCUUGAAACUCUGGUUUGUUUUGCGACUGUUUGGCAUCAAAAAAUUGCAAGAAAUUAUAAGACGGGAUAUCAAAUUGGCUGCAGAGUUUAAAAAGUUGAUUGAAGCUGACGCAAGAUUCGAGAUCUUUGGCGAAGUUGUAAUGAGCCUCGUUUGCUUUCGUUUAAAGGGCAGCAACGAAAUUAAUGAACAGUUAGUGAAAGAGAUCAAUAAUGAUGGAAGAAUCCACUUGGUGCCAUCUAAGUGUGAUGAUACAUUCUUCCUUCGGUUUUCUAUCUGCUCCAACCGUACCACAUAUGAAGACGUACAGCAUGCUUAUAAAGUGAUCACAGAAAUAGUCGAGAAAAUAAAGCAGAACUCCCGAGUAUCGUUGGAUUCCAAAUGAAAUAUUUAUUCACAUCAAGUUACAUAUUUUUCAGUGUAACAAAAUAUUUUAAAAUGUUAUUUAUUUUCAUAAAAAAAUUGUUCUUUCAUAGAAAGAAAUCGUAUUCGUUUUGGUUUAAAUAAUAGAAAUUUCCGAGUAAACUUAAAGUGGGCAGAUUUA